ACUGCUACUGAUUUUUACAUCUCUUAACUUAAAUUUUUAUAUAGUCACGAAGUAAAGCUGAGUAACGCUUUAAUUUACUGACCAUUUGAUUUGAACAAAAAGAAGCAUGGCUGCAACAUCGCUAGCCGAGCAGUUGCAAAAAUUAUCGGUUCCACAAGCAACAGUGUACAAAGAUGACAAGAAAAAAGCAUCUUUACUGUUUAACCCUAACGAAGCCGCGGCUAAAGAUCGCGACACGUUUUACGAAAUCGGUAUCAGCGGACUUAAUGAACUAAUAUCUCUAUACGAAGGUUUCAGACUGUACGAAGAUACCCUCUUUAGUAUAUCGUCAAAAGAUUUCGAAAGAGCUGUGCAAACAAAAGAGGUGAAUGAAAAUUUAGAUCAGACAAUAGAAAAAUUUUUACUACAAUUGUCACCAUAUUUACUCCUUCAAUCUGCUCAUAAAGCUUUAGAAUGGCUUGUGAACCGUUAUCAUAUUCAUCAAUACAAUGUAGACGCUGUUAUGGCUUUGAUUCUGCCUUAUCAUGAGACAAAAAUCUUUGUUCGAUUUGUCCAACUUUUAAUAAUCAAGAAGUCUUCAAGGUGGGUGUGGUUGAAACCUAUUCAAAAGAAUGGUGUUCCGUUAACAAAGCAAGUUAUGUACAACCAAUGUGUUUCAAACCCUGAUACUUUACAUUUCAUAGCGAAGAACACUUUGAAGUAUGUUCAAGAAUAUGGAGAGAGAGCUAACCAGUUGAACACUGUAUUUGCUUACUUUUGCUCAACAGCUAUUGGUGCCAUGAAUACCAGUAAGAAAGUUACUGAAGGAAUGAUUAGUGCACUGUUGCCUACACUGGUGAAAGCCUUAGAUUCACCCAUAUCAGAUUUUCGUUCAUCUGCCUAUGUUGUACUCGGCUUCUUAUCUACUAAAGCCAAGAUAAAAACUGAUACUAUAAAUGUUAUUGUUGACAAAAUGUUGACUACGGAAUUUGACUUAUCAUAUGAUGUUGUGUUACUUAUAAAUUUACUGUACACAAAUCAGGAACAUGUGACAAAGCUGUCUGAUGUAAUUCUAAAUGACAUGUCAGAUGAUAUUAUGAUCAAUCUAUGUGAACAUUUGAAAAAAUUAGUAGAACUCAAAAUUAAUAUUCAACCAUUCGCUCUGGCAUUGUUGUCUGGUAUUUUGCCUAUUAUUUUGAGUGAUAUUGAAGAGUUUAGACGGUUUUGUCAGUUGCCUGUUAUAUUGAUUGAUGAAGUAGACUUAAAAGGACAGCAACCUGAGAAGAUAAUCAAGUGCAUUCUUGACGCUUACCACCCAAAAACUCAACCAUCUGGAAACAAUGUUGAUGGAGAUGAAAGUGAUGUUGAGAUUAUUGCAGAUGAAGAUGAUUUCUCAUUUAAAAUACUUACUUGGUUCUCUGCUCUACUGAAAAACAUUGAAGUUAAGUACCCCUUAGAGUUUGACAAGGUCAUCAAACAAGAAAUGCGCUCUGAAGGUAAAAAAUCUACAAUGAGACAAAAAGCAUUAUCAAAAGUAUUAACCUUCAAACCUGCCGUAGCCCAUAAAGUAGGAGGAACUUACCUAUUUGAAAAUCUAAACCAUGUUAACCCUGACCUGCGUGUAGAAGCAGUAAAAUACAUUGCUAAAGAGUUUCAUAGCUUGAAAGCAGAAAAUAUUGACUUUGUUAAAGACUCAGUCAUAAACAGAUUCAAUGACGACAAUCCUGCUGUAGUGGCUGUUACUUUAAAAAUACCAGAUGAGUGCCUGAAAGAAGUAUUAACUGAUGUUGAUCUGACUACCACAUUUGUUAAAAUUAUUUCAAAAGGUGUAGGUAUCAAAAAAUGGAGACCUGUUGUCAAAGAAGCUAUUCUUAAAUUUUGUUCUUUAGAUGUCCUACCAGUCAAUCAUGAAACUGUGUUAGCUCUUAUACCAUACCUAUUUCCUCAAAGCAAAAAUGCUGCUGAAAUUACUUGGCAUAUUAUAACAUCAUCUUGGGGAAAGAAAUUUGGUUUUUCUAAGCACUUAAAAGGUAUCACUGAGACUUUUAAAGAUAAUGCAGAAGUGUUGAAUCAGGCAAUCUUCAGAAUUCUAUUUAUUGACAGAACUGUAAACUUCGAUGACAUAUUGGAUAUUUCCCAACUGAACAAGGACAGUACAAUUGAUGUAUGUUUCUAUUUACUUCUAAAAUCUUGCUCAUUUAAAACUGCUACAGUUGAAGAAAUCAAUAAUGUACUGAAUCUACUAUUAGAAUCUGUAGAGAAUCGAGCAAUAGUGGCCAGUACUGUUACGCAAGCUUUUGUAGUAGAAAUAAUGCCUGAAAUAAUUACACUAACUUGUCAGAACAAGAUCUUGUUUGAAACAAUUGAAUACAUUUUCUCAAGAAUCAUUGAUGAUAUGAAUGUUACGGGAAUUACAACACCUUGGUGUAAUGUAUGUGAAUCUACUGAUACUGUUCUUGUCAGACGAUUAUAUGAAAUAUGCAUUACGGGUUGCGCUAUUCCCAGUUAUGCUGAAAAUUAUUCUCAACUGCUGCAGAAACUGUUGGGCAAAUUCUUUACCGACCCUAAAGACAAGUUUGAAUUCGUGGCUAACUUUGCUUGUGGCCAUAUUCUAUAUGCCACUGAUCCCAAAGAUAUCAUAAGUCCAGAACUUCAACUUCGAACUAUGAAACUGUUAAGUAAUUUUAUAGCUGCUCAAGAUAAAGCAGAAUGGCUAUUUGAUUCAGAUGUAGUCAUUUUAUUGAUAUUAUUUAAUCUCAACAAUCCUAUAUCAGCAAUUCGUCAAUCUGUGAUUGAUUUCAUCAAUGACUUGCUCAGGGAAUUUCCUAAAGAGAAUCUUGUUUAUGUACAGCUAUUAAAAGAGUUGAUGGCUCACAAAGAAGAAGUUUUACUAGACAAUGAGCAAAUACUGCAUGUCCUUAAUACUAUUCUUACCCAACAGUCUAUAGGAAACAAAUUAUUUCGGAAGAACUGCUUGCUGAAGUUUGCUGGUAUUUUAGCAGGACAAGCUCCUGCACAUAUUAAAUCAAGUUUCUUGAAUAUUUUGUCUCAUCUUAAUAACUCAAAUGCUUUCACGCACAUUAUCCAAAGUUUGAGUUCAGUUGAGAAAGUUUUGAAACAAAAUGAAAAUCCAAAAUUUGUACUCAAUAUUUACGAAUCAAAUUUACUGAAAAGCGUUUACAGACAUAUUAACGAAUCAACGGUGUCGGCUUUCGCCAAUGAUGAAGUUUGGAAGUCUAUCGAAUUUGGCCUAAAGGAGUACAGAGAGUGUAUUUUCGAAGUAGAUCAAACAUUUACAAGCCCAUGCGUACAAAUUUUGAAACAAAUUGACGAAGACAUGUUCAAAAAGGUUCCCGAGGAAAGAACGAAAGUUUUGGUUUAUUUGAUUGCCGCAGCAGGUGCGUUCAGUAACAAUCCGACUAUAUCGAGUGCUGCUUCGAAAUGUAUCAAGAAAAUUUAUGUAAAAUUUUCAGACUUUUAUCCCAUAUUUGAGGGAAUGUUGAAUGUUAAAGACCCUGCAGCCAAUGUACCAAAAAAGAAAAAAACUACAGCGGUAACCCUUCUCUCGUAUCAACUGACCGAAACUAGCGAAUGGAGACUAGGAGUAACGCUUCUGGAAUAUGUUCAGAAUAAGAAGAAAAUGUCGGUAGAUAACUCUUUCGUAGCUAUCCUAUUCCAAUUACUGAAUAGGUGUUUGAGAUUUGAAGAGCAAUCUUAUGUGGAAUAUACAAAGCAAUUGAUACUGUCAUCUCUUUGGUAUUACUGCAAAAAAUUUGUUAAUGACACAGAUAAGGAUCAACUGAAAUCAUUGAAGUCUGUAUUUGAAGUAGAAUUAAUAGUCCAAUGUAUUAGGGGUACUCAGAAUCCUCAGACACAUCACCAUGCAUUAAUUCUCCUCUCUCAUGCUGCAUAUAUGAUGCCAGAACAAGUCCUCCACCACACAAUGGAAAUAUUUACUUUCAUGGGCUCAUCUGUUCUUAGACAUGAUGAUGCUUAUAGUUUUCAAAUUAUUACGAAGAUCAUCGAAACGUUGAUACCAAUUCUAGUAAAAUUGGAGAAGAAUGUUGAAGAUUACACCGAGAAAGAGUUGAAAAAGUUACAAGACCGGGUUGUGCCAGUUUUACGCAUUUUUGCUGAUGUCGUAUUACAUGUCCCUGAACACCGACGAUUACCAUUGUUUAAGAAGCUUAUAGAAACACUGGGACCGAGUCAAUUUAUGUGGGUUUUCCUUGCUUUGUUGUUGGAAACCCAUGUCGCUCACUUUAAUGAGUUGAAGAAAAAGAAUAAGUCUUCUAAAAGGACACUGGCCGACCAAGAUGCUCCAAUAGAUAGACUAGAUUUUGGGCAAAGUCUUUUACUUGAAUUCCCUGCUGAAAUUGGUAUAGAAAACUUUAUAAAAUUAAUUACUUAUGCUAAAACUUUGCCUUUGCAAAAAGAUGAAAAUGAAAUGGACACUGAUGUUGAUCCAAGUGAUAUAUUCAGCGUUAACGGCCAUACGGCGAUUCAAGUGCGGCAUUUCAUAUAUGUCGUAAUAACUUUUAUUAAUACCUGUCUAGCUUCUUCGAGGUUUAUACAGCAUUGUAGUCAAGCAGCAGACAUCAAGACCCUGGAAAACCAUUACAAGACAAUUAUCGUUAAUAUUUUGACAUUCAUUCAGAGUAUUUCAAAGGUCAAUGAUGAAAGGAUAGAGAAAUACAGAAGGGUAAUGUUGCAUCACAGCUAUGAUCUCUUGGAUCAUACUAACAACUUGCUGUCUGCUCCUAUGUUUAUCUCGGUAAUUCGAGGUUUAUUGAAGCAUAACCUUAUGACAGUAAGAAGAAAAUCUAUGGAAUUGCAUAACUCUAAAAUCCAGUACAAUCCAGAAAUGUUCAAUGAUGUCUCCAAGGAGUUAAUAUUUUCCUUAUUACCUGCGCUAUUGGACAUUGUGAAGACACUUGAAAACAAUGAUAACUGCCUUGAUGACAUCACUGCUCAAGAAAUGGAGUUAAAUCAGCAGACAGCUCUUCUUUCGCUGAAGUUGCUCACAAGAAUGUUGGCAUCUGAUAAUCCCGAGCCAUUUAAACCAGUAAUGGAAAGUAUCACUGAUUACACAUGCAAUCCAAAUAUUUCUGGACAGGUUACGGCUUCUGUCGUUUUGUGUUUGGCCGAGUUGUGUGGAAACUUGAAGGUCCAUGCUUUGUCUAGUCUUCGAAGAUUUAUGCCCGCCCUUAUCAAAGUUUUGAAGAAACAACGUAAAACCGAAACACCAGAGUUGGUUCUUCUAAGUACAGUAACAGCAAUUUCGAAGAUAGUCGAAAGUUUGCCACUUUUCUUGAGUCCGUAUCUUCAGAAAAUUUUAUACGAGUACUCAAUCUUGCUAGCUAAAUGGCAGAAUUAUGAUCAAGAAUGUAGUAAAGUGUCAGCUAUAGUAGCAAAGUUGUCGCAUAUCAAGAAAAAAAUUGCUAGUUCUAUUCCUCCUCGAGUUUUGAUUCCAGUUGCGAACGAAACUUACCAGUUGCUUUUGGGGAAAGAAAAUUUUGAUGCUAUUGGUCCAGUGAUGUCUGUACUGGCUGAUAGUUUCGGGAAUGUGACUACUGCUGACUUUACGGCGCUGCAGCUAGAUUUGACUACUUUCUUCCUCUCUGCUUUACAACUUCGCAGUGACACUGUAGACAAGGACGUUGACCUUGCAGUUAUUGAUAGAGCUGAAGAUCAAAUAGUCAAUGCUUUAGUAUGCCUAGUAUUGAAGCUGUCAGAAACCAGCUUUAGACCAUUCUACUUCAAAAUUUAUGACUGGGCGAUCAGAACUAAUGUUGAAGGUCAUAAGGACAGGACUAUAACUUUCUACAGGUGA